GUUUAAAAACAUUCCUCACAUGAGCUUUGAUGACACUGGAAGGGAAGCAGACCAGGUCUUUGACCUAAACAUUGAUACCGCUGGAGAUCUGGAGUAUCAGACAAAAAUAUCCCGUUUUUCAAAUGUAUCUCAUUUGUCUAUCCAUAUCUCUAAAAAUUUUGGGGCUGAAAACUCAAAGAUUUUCUAUAUUGGCCUAAGAGGAGAAUGGACAGAGGCUCAUCGACACGAAGUGACCAUCUGUAACUAUGAGUCUGCAGCUAAUCCAGCAGAUCAUAAAGUAACACAAAUCAAUCCUCAGUCGCAUUUUAUUUCCUAA